AUGGCUGAAGCAAACUCUACGCAAACCGCAUGUGCAAUGCUAGAAGAAGCUGACACUUUUUUAUGGGAGCGAUGUCAUGUGGAUUAAUGAUAUUCGGACACAGUCCACAACACGUCACUUAUUUCUUCGUAACGCAGUAACUUCUUCAACCUCCUGAAGUCUGAUUUUUUCGUUCAUCAUCGAUAUCGUUGAGGGUUUUCGGAGUAGAGAAUAUGGACCACGUAUGUCAACGCCAAGACACCGGCGCUACUGCUUAAUUAAUUAUUUACUUAUUUACUCACUUCGUUAUUUCUUUCGCGCGCUGUUCUUCGCUCGAAGUCGUUGUGUUGAUCUCUCUUGUUACUUUCUUGUUGUUGGAUCUUGCUGUCUUUCCGCGGCACAACUGUCGUCAAUACUUGAUCGGUCGUUAAGGUGGCGACCGAAGGGAAUGGGAAUAAGAAGAGGAGCGAUGAUAUUGCUUGAACUCAAGGCUUAUGCUCCUGGAAACGUCGCGCCUGUGGUUGUACUGUCGGAGAAGAGCAAGAUGAUGAGCAAGAUGAUGAGGACGCCGCGUCUGUACUGCUAAAGAAGAAGAUGAUGAAGAAAGCGAAAACGAUAAUGCCGCAAAAUGAGAAUGCCGCAAAAAUUGCCCAAGGCUUGCGCUACUGGUAACGUCUCAAACUUGCUACUCUAGAAGAAAACGAGCGCCACACGCUGUCGUAGUUGAUGGAAACGCGACGUCUCUGGCUUGUUUUAGUCAGCACGCCGCUAUUCUUCGCGCCUUUUGUAUGACGUGUUCCGAGUACUGUGCCUCCCUAAACAUCGCUAGCAGUCGUGCUUCUAGUGCUAGCGCUACAGUCUCCUUGUGGCAUGUCCUACUCAUCGUCCUCCUCAGUCUUUUGAUGUAGCCUACCAGUGUGCCAACUUUUUGCGUCUUAGUCAAUGCCGACCUUCCAUGUGCGAAACACUUCGGCGGAUUUGGAUAGGUGAAGACUGCCGUCUUCCCCUCUUGUAUACCGACGACUAUUGACUGCCCGAUAAAUUCACUACUGCCUGUCGCGUUGAUGGUACAUCCUUCGUAGAAGUCUUCGACUAGGUGCGGCCGUCCAUUAGUUGGGACGUCUCUUACUCGUAGUUCACUUCUGUCGUCGACGUACCUCCACCACGCUAUCUGUGUGCUAUCCGUUCUGUCUGGCCUAUAGUACUCGUGGUAUAGUGCAAACGCCUCUGAAAGUCCUGAGGAAAGUUGGUGGCCGAUCGGAUCACCUCUCGUCUGCGCGUAAACACCCCCGUGGGUCCUCACAUAGCUGCACUGCGUCGCGUGCCACGCUAAGUAGUACACAUGCGCCAGUGGCAUUAUCCAAUGUGUUCGAUAUGACCUCCUGUUCUUUCUGAUUUCUAUCAGUGGUCUGGCGUCCUUCUCCCACUUCGCUUUUAGGCCUCGGCAGAAGCCGCGGACACCUUGACUGUGUUGUCGUGUGGUCUGCUCCGAGUCCUUCUUCUUUAUGGUCACGUAGUUACUUCCUGCCCUCGCCUCACGUGUUAUUACGUCUAGGAUUACGGCAAGCGCCUGCUCGCAGUUGCAGUUCGGGAAGAACUCACCUAUGUCGCCAGUCUUGAACUCUAAAAGCAGCGGGCCUGGUUGUCGGGCUAGCCAUUCAUUUAUCGUGUCUAUAUCUUGCACGAAGCUCUCCACCUUGUCUAGGGAUUUCCCAACCCAUUUUCGCAGUAGGUGCAUUACGGUCAUGUUAGUUAAUCUAUACAGGAAUGCGAAGCAGUUUCUGUUUCCUGGUGUCACCAUCCUCAUCUUGAUGUCUGAGAUCAGAGUCGGCAGCUCCGCCCUCAGUCCUUUAGCCUUGCAGAGUGGCUUCAACCACCCCCACGCAUUCGGCCUCCUUGCUCUUGGUACGUUACAUGAGGUAUGUGAUGUCAGCCAGAAGCAGUCUGCGUUGUCAGAGUAAAAACUAUUUUGGUGGAUUGGUCGAUAAAGAUCGCCACUGACAUACUCACUACUUUUUCUCCUAUGAAUAUCCCAACACGUGAAGAAGAUAUCACCGCCAUCCUUAUCCACCACUCCCGAGUACAUCACUCCCGCCAGGAUGAACAGCUUCGGAUUGACGUCUUCUACUUUGGCUGUCCUAUCGUCGUCAUCGUUGGCUUCCUUCCUCCAUUGCGCUACCACCUGUUCCGCCCUCCUUACCGUUGUGACUACUCCUUUUCCACCGUCAACUAUUCCCCCACGUGUUGUUGGGCGAUUGAGCUCAUCUAUGAUAGUGCUGAUGGCGUCUUUCGUCGCUCUUUCUACCUCUCUUGCGCUUGGUCCUAGUUUGCUCUUCGCGUUCCAGUUGUUGAUCUCGCCAUAGGCGUCAGCGCCUGCCCUUCUUAGCAGAAGUGGCAUUCCCGUCGUCUUAGCAGAGAAGUACAGACGUCCCUCCACUUUCUUGCACUCCAGCUCUGGCAUCAUCCUUGCUAUCUCUCCACACCUGCAUGGGCCUGCUGUUCCUGGUCGUGGAGUGCAGAUGUCAAUGAUGCUCCUCGGCGGGAUGGACUUUACCACUAGUAGCCUUGUCUCUUUUCCUUUGUAUUGUGCAGCCAGGUCAUUCACUAGUGCUCUAAAGCCAGUGGAAACCCGCUGGCCAUGUACUUUGACGAAGAGCUUCUUCACGCGGUACUCUCGUAUCGCAUCGAGAUUCUGCGUAAACUGCGUGUACUCCACGUUGUUCAGGCUCCACCCCGCUAUUCUCUUCAAGUGCUCAAUGUCGCUUUCUUUCAUUGCCCGGAGCUCGCGCUGCCACGUCGCCGGAACCUUAGGUCGCAUGGCUAGUGUGAUGGCAACCCUGAGCUUCCUCACUAGACCACCCCCUUCGACAUGGAGGCCACUCCGGACAAUGUCACUUACGACUUUGAGCUGGGUAGUGACAUAAAUCCCACGCGCCUGUUGCCAGCCACAUCUCUCGUCGUGCCUACGUCCGAAGUAUCCCGGAGAGUUGUUCUUUCGUCUGCUCCUCGCUGUUAUAAACCUUGCCAUCAAGAUUCUCCCUGCCUUGUUGAGUUCGUCUCUCCCCUGCGUGUUCUCGCUUGGCUGGAAAUCACUGAUGACUAGUCCCUCCAGCACGCCCAUCUCCUUAACGCCUGCGGAUGCCUUGCGGAUGAGCUGCACGAAGAGAUACUUGGAGAACUCCUUGCCACCAGUAGUGCGGUAGAACUUCUCAGUAGUGCUUUUCUUGCUCCUCCUGUAGUGCUGGCACACCCGCCUGGUAAACGCGCACGUGCGUCCAACAUACUCCCUCCUCGAAAAGGGCUGCGCCGCUAGAUAGACCGCAUCCGCGUCCUCAAGUCUGAAGUGGAAGCCUGUUGCAAGCCAGUACGCCAAUGUGCGCCGAUAGAGUCCUUGGGAAUGUCUGUUAUCUUCCGCGCGGCCAUACCAUAGAGUGAAGACAUAGAAAUCAAUAGCGCACAGCAUGUAUCGCGUCUCCGUCAUUGUGGUAGAGUACCUUCCUCGCCAUCUUGGUUGUAGUACUGACAUGGUCGGCCUCUUUGUAUAUGUUUUGACUGUCUCCUUGUUGUUUCCUGAGAAGUUGACGCAGCACGUGCAUUUCGCUCCUACUCUUGUACAUAGUGGACAUCCUUGGUCUGCUGUCUUCUGCGCCACCACGUCCGCAACUAGAUUCCUUAUUUUCAACACCUGCGUCAUCUCCUUCUUCAUCGUUCUUCUUUCCGCUCUAAACUUGAAAAGCGAAAAGUUGUGGUGUAACUCAAUUAGUAGACUUCUUACUAGUUCUGGGAUCUUUGCCCUUAGACACGAAAAACUCACUUUCCAAACUGGUGCUUCUGUCGUUCCUACUAAGUUGUAACUCGUCGGUAUGUGAAAUCUCUGAUCAAUAUACUUCAUCGCAUCGUCACAGAUCUCGAAGUCGAGCGCUUUGGCUCUUUCUUGCCGGUCACGUUCUACUACCUCUUCCUUGUGCUCUUAUCCACCUCUUGUUGUCUUGUCCUUUAUUUACACUGUCAGGUGGACCCCAAGAGUCCAUCCCCAGAAGCUCCUCCAUCCUCCUCCGGAGCUCGUUUUCUUCUACACCUACUUGUUCUUCUUCACCCACCAUCAUGUGGGCCGCCUCAAUUUAAGGCCUCCGUCGCCAUCAUCACCAUGGUGAUGGCCGCCAACGCUCGCCCCACGUCCUGGUCUGUAGGUGUGAACAAAUUGAGCUCCUUCGCGGUGGCCCUGAUGUCCGCUCUCACCGCACUUGUCAUCUCGCAGAAGACCCUCAUCAUCGCUUCCAUCUCCUCCUCGGUGAUCGGUCCUAGUGCCGACUUCUCCCGCACGUGCUUGAGCGCCUUCAUGCACGCCUUCGCUCUAGCCUCUGCGGUGCCAACGCGCUUGAAGCCGAGACACUGCUCGAUGAACCUCUUCUCGUUCUCCAGCGUCUCGCGUGGUGGGUCCAGCGGAAUUGCUGCAUCCAUAUCUUGUCCCUGAUUCGUCUCGACCUGGUGGAUCACCGUCAUACAUCCUGCCACCACGUUGGACAGCUUGGUCUCCUCCUCCGCGUUAAGUGAGAUAGACGCCAGCGGGAUCUUGUCGUUCAUCUGUGCUACGAUGCCACCGGCAAGGAGUGCGUUUCCCGCUACGCCAUUGAUGUUGUUGUUGUUGUUGUUAUUAUUCCCACCAGCGAAGAGCCCACCUCCUUUGCCUCCCGCCGCCUGUGCGAAGAGACCUCCGCCACCUCCUGCAUUUGCAUCCUGUUGUUGGACCCGCGGCACCUUCCUUGCUGGUUCGCCCAUAUGGAUCGCCAGCAUCUGCAUCUGUCGCUCUUGGCUCUCCUGGAAGAUCUUCAUCAUGUCUGUCACCGCUGUCGCCAGUCCUGCUCCCUCUGCUCCUGAAGUAGCUGCCAGUGACAGUUUCUGUUGUUCUUGCAGGCUUUUCACCUUGUCAUACGGGCAGAGGACCAGGCCAUACUUCAAGGACUUGUUUCCGACUGCGUCAGUGUUCAGGUCGAACAAGGACUUUACCACCUGCUCUGGCGCCAUGAUCGUCAUCUGCUGCACGCUUCCGGAGAACUGCGACGCAAAAGGAUUGAUAGGCGUACUAGUAUUGAUGUUGAUGUUGCUACUGCUCGGUCCGCCAACUACCUGACACUGCAUGUUGUUCAUGUUGUUCAUCAUGUUGUUGCCACCUCCAUACGUCAUCCCUCCUUGUCCGCCCAUGCCGUUGGAGAUGUGCAUGAAGCGGCACAUGUUUCCGCGGUUGCACGUGCCGCGCUGGAAGUUAAAGCAGACCUGUUGUUGUUGUUGCAUCUUCGACAAUGCGUAGUCCGUACGAAAGAAGGCGGUAGUACUUGUCAGGGAAAUAAACGGGAUAGAGACGAGCACGCAAGCACAACUUCGAGUCGACGCCGAUGUGAUAACGAUGCAAAUAGUCCUGAUCUUGAUGUUGACCUUCGACGUUAAAUUUGGUGUAGUAGCAAGAAUGUGGCCAAUUCAAAUACUCACCGAUAAAUUCGGACACAGUCCACAACACGUCACUUAUUUCUUCGUAACGCAGUAACUUCUUCAACCUCCUGAAGUCUGAUUUUUUCGUUCAUCAUCGAUAUCGUUGAGGGUUUUCGGAGUAGAGAAUAUGGACCACGUAUGUCAACGCCAAGACACCGGCGCUACUGCUUAAUUAGUUAUUUACUUAUUUACUCACUUCGUUAUUUCUUUCGCACGCUGUUCUUCGCUCGAAGUCGUUGUGUUGAUCUCUCUUGUUACUUUCUUGUUGUUGGAUCUUGCUGUCUUUCCGCGGCACAACUGUCGUCAAUACUUGAUCGGUCGUUAAGGUGGCGACCGAAGGGAAUGGGAAUAAGAAGAGGAGCGAUGAUAUUGCUUGAACUCAAGGCUUAUGAUAUUAUAACAAGUUUAGAAGUUUGUGGAUUAAUGAUAUUAUAGCAAGUUUAGAAGUUACAACAAUAAGUCAACUCGUCUCAAUCUCAUUCUCAUUGUCUCUUUAUGCAUUAUGACAAAGUAUUAGCAGGUAUCAAUCGUGUCGAGCAGUCGUGGAUUUGAGAACUUCGCGGCUUUUGUGCAUCAUUGGCAAUGCUCUUGGUGUCGCUCAGAUCCUACUUUAGAUAACAAAGCGUAGUACAUCGCUGCAGUACAUCGCUGCAGGGUGGCGCGCGGUACAUCGCUGCAAGACACUCUACUUGUUAAUCUCCCAGAAUACGAACACGGACAACAUGCUCAUUGAAGCUUUCUGCGGUCUUUUCUCCUUACCAGCAAAAGUUAGCGCGGAACUAACUAAGUAGUACAUUAGCAUUGAGGCUACUCGUGUAUCAUCCGCAGAGCUUUCUCCCAGUCCCAAGGUUCAGCUUACUCUUACACAAGGUUCAUUAGUAGAACAAGCGCAACUUUCUAUAUGAGUGUGAACUUCUUUCAUCUGUAACACUGAGAAGUCUGUUAGACUGAGAGGAAUUGAUCAUGCUGUCACGACGAAGGAGUGCUCUUGCUGCUACCAACCUAAGAGAGCUCGUCUGUGAUUUGAGUGCUCUCAUAAGCUCUUCUGUGCUUUGAGUGCUAUCAACAUACGCCCUUCUACGCUUGAGUGCUAUCAUAAGCUCAUCUGUGCUUUGAGUGCUAUCAUAAGCUCUUCUGUGCUUUGAGUGCUAUCAUAAGCUCUUCUGUGCUUUGAGUGCUAUCAUAAGCUCUUCUGUGCUUAAGCGCUGAUAUCUCAUAAGGCUUUAGCUACAAAAAUUUCCUACACAAAAAUAAAUCACAAACACACCUUUUCUCAUUCUAACGUCAACAAUGCUGUUCAUUGUUCUUGCCUCUUUUCCUACCCUUUGCGUUGAUGUUUUUGCUCAUAUACUUACCUUUACCUGGAUUGUUCCUGUUCGUCAACAUUUUCUUUGAUAUUAGAUACGAAAGAUACGACGACGCUCGAAGUCAAGUUGUAGCUAGAACAAGUGCAACAUCUAGAAGGCUCUUUAGCCUCACAACCCUCUUCAUCUCACCGUCUACUUCACACUACACACGUUUGGUUUAUUGAGCUUUUUCAAGCUUCUUCUUUCGACAAGAUGGGAAACAUCAUGUGCUGCAAGAAGCGCCCGGGCAUCAUCCAGGGUGACGUCAAAGAUGGCGCCGCGUUCGCCAACGCCAAAGGCAUGCUGGCUUCCGCGCAGACCAAAGUGGGCAGCGGGUAAUUAGAUUACACAUUACAUAAACAAAUCUAGAUCCGUUGUAUGAGCACGAGUUGUUAAUCUGCUCUGUGCUUACUAUAGUACAAGUAGUACUGAUUAGUAAAAGCUCCUGUAUGAAAAUAAAAAUUCAUAUUUAUAUUGAUACAGGCGCUUUUGGGGUAAAAAAUUGCACAACCCAUGAUAUCCAAUAUCAAUAUGAAUAAAACACAGCGCUGCUGAUCCGCAAGCCGUGAAGCACAUGCAGCAACUGUACGAUCAGGUUGGCGGGGAUUUGAACCAAUUGGCUUCCAAAACUGGCGCGAACCUUGCUGCUUUGAAAAUUAAGGCUCUGGAAAUUCUUGUAGAUACUUCAACAUAUAUUUAGUGGCUCUCCUUCUACUAGUUGUAGAUACUUCAUGCAUAUAUAUUGGUUACUUAGUCUUAGUGACUUUCCUAUUGUUCAUGCAUGAAUGAGAAUGUCACUAUUGUUCAUGCAUGUUAAUCUUCGUGACUCUCCUAUUGUACAUUUACUAGUGAAUGGUUCCGGUAUUUGGCAUCCUUCUUCAACCAGUUAGAUCUUCGACCUCUAGUCAGGCACAUGGAUCAAUCAGUCAGUCAGUCAGUCAGUCAGUUAGCCAAAUCAAUCAGUCAAAUCAAUCAAUCAAUCAAUCAAUCAAGAUAGUGACUCUCCUUCUAUUGUACUAGUCUACAACCUAUCAAUCUUUGCCUAGUGUCUUCGUCUUUGCCUGCAUCCCUGAGAUAUAGCAUGAGUGAGUUGUAUCUCGCUCCUGAGUAAUUCUAGUUUUUGCCUGCAUCCCUGAGAUAUAGCAUGAGUGAGUUGUAUCUUGCUCCUGAGUAAUUCUAGUUUUUGCCUGCAUCCCUGAAAUAUAGCAUGAGUGAGUUGUAUCUCGCUCCUGAGUAACUCUUCAAGGAUGCAACAUCUGCCGUCCUCUAAGAAAAAGAAGCCACCGACGGGGAGCAAAGACUUCGCUACCAACCUUCUUCAAGGCGCAUACUCGUAACUCACGUAGCAGGAGUUGAAGACGGUGGAGAGAACGUGGGGCCCCAGGGACACGUGCGAGGACGUGGGUGACGGGGAGGACGGAGUAGAGCAAGGACGUGGCCAUAGGUUCAGGUAGUACGAGACGGGGUGGAGCAGGACUACAUAUUCAAAUAGACAUAGUGGAGGAAAUAAAUACUUUCAUAUUCAUAGAGACGAACUCAUCAGUGAAGAUGGUAAGUUUAUUUGGUCAGAUCGCUGUCCUCUUCUUGUUUCACAAAUAUUUAAUCUUCAUGGGUAGCAAGAGCAACAGCCUUCGCAUAUCAUGUUUAAUGCCGACAGCGUCAUAUAAUGAGUUUUGGUACUCACUACGUACUUCUAGUUGUAGUAGUUCUGCUUCCGCUGAUGCAGUUCUACGUGUUCUUGUAGUCCGAGCUUAAUGGUACUAGUUUGUGCAUGAUCUGGCGUGGUUAUGACUUUGGAAAGGGGAUAAGAAAACAUGAAAAUACUAUUCGAAAUGCAAUUAAUGAAAAAGGGUAAAAGUAGUGACGCAGUAGACCAUGACAUUUUUGAUGAGGUAGCAUAAAUAUGUAAAUUCUAAUUAGUAUUAUUUUCAGUCGUAGAAAGAUAAAGAUUAAGAACAAAAUGAAAAAUCAUUCGGAUUUAACAUGUAGCCAUCAAGAUAAUCGCGCCAGGUUGUAUAGGCGGAGUCCUUCACCUUCAGCGUGAUGAUCCAUGAAGAGUGAUAGAGUGUGUUGCUCUGGUAUUCAGUAGCCUGAUUUUGAUCACAAGGGGGAACAGAAAGAGAAUCCUUGCGAUCCAGUUCAGGCCACUAAGUACCGGAGCCAUUCAUAGAAACCGCUACUUUGACAUCCAUCGGGUUUUCAAGAUGAUAGAUGAUACGACUGACUGGUCGCGAAGCGGGUCUUCUCUUA